AUGGCCUCGAACCCGCUUCCAGAUAUCACUGCCACCCCAGCUGCUGAUCAGCACAUCCUUCAUGAUGGCAAUGAAUAUUCAACGAUCAAGGAAGGACUGGCACACAUCCUCAUACCUGCGUCUGCGGCGAAAACCCCUCAGACCUCUCCUAAGGGAGAAAACCAAGCUCAAUCGGUCUUUUACAAUCCCAUCCAACAAUUCAAUCGAGAUCUAAGCGUUCUGGCAAUCAAGGCAUACGGCGAGGAGGUUAUUGAGAGGAAGCAGAAGACUGCACAGAAAUCUCGACAGAAGCUGCUUGCGAAAAAGAAAGAGAAGCAAGAGAAAAAGCGAAAGCGUGGGGAAGAUGGUGUUGGCGAAGCUCCGCGAAAAGCUGGAAAACUCGACGAAACGAAUCAAACCCCGAAUAUCGAAUCCGCAAACACGAAAGUAGUAGCCCCACAUGAAGUCGAUGGCGAGUCGAGUGUCCAGGUCGAAGAGGAACAAAAGGCUAUUGAACAUCAGUUGUUUGUUGAAGAUCCAGCCCAGACGACGCCCCAGGUACCAGAUGCUUCAAAUACAGCUGAACCUGAGCUGAAAACCCAUACUCCUGUUCCAGAUACUACGGGUAUGACCGAAGAACGUCCCGCCAAUACUUCCAAGGCGGCAUUCACAAUCCUCGAUGCGCUUUCAGCGACUGGUCUGCGAGCCCUGAGAUAUUCUCAAGAGAUCCCUUUUACCACUUUGGUUACAGCGAAUGACUUAUUACCGGAUGCUACGAAAAUGAUCAAGAUUAAUGCGAAGCACAACAAGUUGGAAGACAAAAUCGAAGCUGUGACUGGCAAUGCGUUGUCCCACAUGUACAAUGUGGCACAUGGAGAAUCGAAGGAGGGAAACAGCCUAGCAAACCCACGGACAAAGUACGAUGUGAUCGACCUCGAUCCAUACGGCACAGCUGCACCAUUCUUAGACGCUGCGGUUCAGUCUGUCCGGGAAGAUGGAGGACUUUUAUGUGUUACAUGCACGGAUGCUGGAGUCUGGGCUUCGAAUGGUUAUCCUGAGAAAGCCUUUUCUUUAUAUGGAGGUAUCCCUAUCAAGGGCAUGCAGUCUCACGAAGGUGGACUUCGCCUCAUUUUACACGCCAUUGCUUCUUCUGCCGCCCGGUAUGGUCUAGCCAUGGAACCGCUCCUCUCCCUCUCUAUCGACUUUUAUGCUCGAGUGUUUGUCAGAAUCCACAAAUCACCAGCAGAUGUCAAAUUUCUAGCUGGCAAGACCAUGGUGGUAUAUAAUUGUGAUAGUGGCUGCGGAGCAUGGACGACGCAAAUGCUGGGCAAGAACAAACUCGCGCCAAACAAGAGCGGCAAAGGUCAUUUCUGGAAGCACGUAUUUGGAAUGGCGCCUGUUGCGAAUGAGAAUUGCAGUCAUUGUGGUAUGAAGACUCAUAUGGCAGGACCUAUGUACGCUGGUCCACUCCACUCUCCAGCAUUUAUUAAGAAGAUCUUGGACGGACUACCUAGCGUUUCCAAAGACACAUAUCAAACUUACGACCGAAUCGAAGGUAUGCUUACUGUUGCGCUUGAAGAGGAUCUCCCAACAUUGGAUGAAGACCCGAACUCCCCAACGGCAACCGCAAAGACCAACAGAUACGACCCUGCGGCUAUUGAUCACUUCCCGUUUUUCUUCAUUCCGUCCGCCCUUGCAAAGGUCAUCCAUUGUGUUACACCUCAUGAGAAUGCACUUCGGGGAGCACUAAGACACCUUGGAUAUCGAGUCACGAGAAGUCAUACCAAGGGUGGAACUAUCAAAACUGAUGCACCGUGGGAUGUGAUCUGGGAAGUCAUGAGAGAGUGGGAAAAGCAGAAGGCACCGAUCAAGGAAGGCGCUGUCAGGAAAGAAACUGCCGGCUACAAGAUUCUGAAGCUUGGCGAAUCAAAGGAUACACAGGGGACCGAAAAUGGAGGAGCUAAUCUUGGCGGAGCGAACAAAGAGCAAGAUGAACAGGACUCUUCGAGCUCGAAAAAGAAGCUCGAAGUUGUGUUUGACGAAACGCUAGGGAAGGAGAAAGAUGCAAAAAAGGUAGUCAGAUAUCAGCUGAAUCCACGGGAGAAUUGGGGGCCAAUGAAUCGUGCAAAGGGCAAGGGAUAA